ACGAAUCACUCAAACUCCUAUCCAGAACCUAGCAACAAUCUAUACCAAACACAAUACUCCACCAGUCUCCACAGCCGAUAAUGCUGUAACAUAUUUUACUGUCGGCGUGAUAGCCGUUGAUACAGCAGGGGAGCGUUCUCAUAGGAAAUACACAGCCAUCUGUCCAGUGCGGAUAGCAGCCGAACGACAUUUGAAGCAUGAUCAUGGGGAACCAAGUUCUUUUUCUUAAAAUUGCCGUGGUAAUACUGUGUCUCGACUUUGCAAGAAGCACCUCCAGCACUGUGAGUAGCACAAACGCCACUUCUGCUGCAACCGAAACCACUGCAGUGAACAAUACAACUGAUUCGACAUCAGCUGCUGUCGCAACAUCGACAGCUCCUGCUGUCGCAACAUCGACAGCUCCUACUGUCGCAACAACGACAACUCCUGCUGUCGCAACAUCGACAGCUCCCACGGCGUCCUCAUCCACCUCGGAUGCAACUUCACCUGCAUCUACAGUAGCGUCUAAUACAGCAUCAACUUCACAGGCGACUACUGCGUCGACUGUGACCACGUCAACCAGCGCUGGCGGGGUGACCGCGUCAUCUACCACUAGCGGGGUGACCGCGUCAACUAGCACUGGAGGCGCGACAUUGCCGUCUAGCGCUGCCGGAGUGACCUCGUCGACAGCAGCUGCAACGUCUACUGGCGUAACAUCAUCUACAUCACCAACAUCAACUGCGGCGCAGACAUCGACUCAGACUGUGAUUCAGUGCUUUGAGAGCACUUGUGCUGGUGAGGGAUGCGUCGCUAACAUUACCAGUGAUAAUGGGACUUGCAGCGGACCUGCAUGCAAGCUCCAGUCGGACAAGUCCGGAAGCUCCUUCAAUUAUACGAUGUCGUGCUCUGACACAAACUGUCCCUUCCUGACAGCCAAUGGCGCCAUGACGGAGAAGUGCUGCACCACCGCCUUCUGCAACAACAACACAGCAAUCUUAAUCCAAAACUCGGGGACGGUAGUUUCUUCAUCCGUCACGUGGGCGUUUCUAUCUCUAGCUGCCACCUCUUUGUCACUGAUUUAACUUCUCAGACGUUAACCUAGCAUUUAUCUGAGGAUAUAAAGAUGAAUUGAAAAUCAUAAGGUCGAAAUAAUUUGAUAUUUUUGUUUUCGGAAUUUUUCGUCCUUUUUCAGUUAUUUGAUUAUUAUUCUCUUGUUUUUACCUUUCAAAUAAUGCACAGUUACUACAGCUAUGUUAUCAUCUAUCAUGUCGAUGUUGAUCAGUUUCCAACUAUAGGGAUGGAACUAACUUUUGUUAAAUUUCAGUGAGUGCGACAGAAUGGGUUUAUGCUUCCGUAUCGUUAAGCAAUAUUUCAGCAAUAUCACAGCGGGUUUUUAAAUUUCAGAAGAAGGGUAAUAUCUCAGUCCUUGGCAUUCAGCUUUUUGAAAGAUGAAGAAAUGUUUUUUAAUGUUUGCGGCUAAAUAUAAUUGUCAUUAAUAUGUUUAUAUACACCUUGAUGGCCAAUUAAUUCAAAACAUUUGUUGUUACUGAUGAAUGGCAUUUAAAAUAUUUAAAUGAUAUCCGCUGAGGUUUAUGCUUUGGUCCUGUGGUUAAGAGUUUAUGUUGUACGCACAUAUAUAAAAUGACAAGGGCAAAAGCUUGCUGAAAUGAAAUAUUUAUGUGAUUAUCCCGAUGUUUGCUGGGAAACUCAUGUGUGUAUUAUUGACGUAUCUGAUGCAAUACCAAUAUGCAUGUUCACAAAUAUUAUCGUUAAUCACUUGUAAUUAAUUCUUUUUUCGAAAUACGGUUAUAAUUUUUUUUAUUAAUUAUUUGCUUGUAAAUACGUUUGUUCGCUUCAGUGUGUCAUUUCAUCCCGUCUUGUCAGCAGUAACCCUGCCAGGGAUGGUCCAAACUCCCAAUUAAGAAUUUGGAGUCUGUUGGUGAUAACCCAUCUAUACUCCAAUGCGCGUUUCGCAAAGCAUUCGUAGUGCUAAGGUUGUCGUGGGUCAUUUAUGACGGAUAGGAGUUACGGCAGUGGGGUCCCCGUUUCACAAAGCGAUCUUAGCGUUAUGACUAUUGCAAAUCUAUGUUAAAGUAUGGCAAAUAUGACAGUUGCUGCGCAAAGAUUACUUUAUGAAAAGAGACCUGGGACACCGAUCCUUAAAAAUGGUAGUAGCGCAACGGGUUCUCUAUAGUUUAACACACACUUACGACUGACGUACGCUACAAACGUUUUGUUGAUCAGAAAUCUGAUUUUUACAUGUGAAGGCAAUUGGGCAAGAAUGUUUAUCCAUACUAACACAAAACAACAUGCAGUUUCGCACAGUGCACCGAAGAAGUAGUCUAGACCAGGUUAAUAUGAGCAUCGGGUACAAACUUGUUACCAUGGCUACGAAACUUGUGAAUUCUUUUAUAGCAUGUUUUAAAACGUAUUAUUUGCUUUGAAAAUAUUUCAACUUCUAUAACCUUUGAAUUCAUUUUAAUUUCCAAGCGAUAACACUUAAUGAACCAACUCUGAUUGGUCGUCCCUAUGACGUCAUUGGAAGUGAAAGUUGUUGUCCAUAGCAACUCCUCACCGAGACAGAAGGGAGGUAACUGUUACCGUUUGGAUUUUACCAUGGGACUAUUAUUUGAAACGUUCUGUGAUUUAUACGUUGUUGGCCCGACACGAUAAAAGCAGUAGUUUCCUGGUGUUGACUACAUAAAUAAAAUUCCGAAACGAAUUUGAAAAUCGAUGUAUUUACAAACACAAAUUACAUGAUUGUUUUUUAUAUUUGUAUUAUUCAUUCUUGAAUUUCCGCCCAGUUUUACAUUUGAUCGUGUUACCUCACUGUAGUCAUGUGUCAUAAACUGAGAGGCAAAAGAAAUUAUACACAAAAUAUACGAACGCUAUCAAAGCGUUACCAGGCUGACGACAGUCCCCAUAACACUGCAAACCUAAGGUCCAAGGCCCCGUUCCACAAAGCGAUCUUAGCGCUACGAUUGUCGUAAGUCAGUGUUAAAGUAUGGGAGUUACGAUCAACUUAGCGCUAAGAUCACUUUGUGUAACGGGCCCAGAAUUGUACCCGUAUUAAAUACAUCACGUCGAAUGACCAUUUCAUUUUUGUUUCACUUUUUAGUCACCAUGGAACAUAAUUGUGUGAUUUCCCGGUCUAUGCGUGUAUUCAUGUUCAGGUGUCCGUCCUCUUCAAUUGUGAUACAUUUAUUACUGUUCUCAUAUAUACAUAUUCAUGUAUAUUGUUUGUUAGAAAUAAAAAAUGGAACAUA